AAACAUCUCAUUGAAAACAUCUUCCCUUUCUUGCGUGCAGCACAGCCCCAAAAUCCCAUACCACUUCACGCAGUGACAGAUUGAAGGAGGAAAUGCCACUUCUUCAAGCUCCAUCUUCUUCUGCUGCUCUUACCUUGAAUCAUCUCCAUUCACUGCCCAAAGCAGGAUUUAAUCUAGCUGAAAAAUGCUGUCUUUUUUACAAUUUCCCUUUCAAUCCCCUGAGAAACUCGAGGUCUAUGAAUGUGCCCUCCACGCAUUCAAAAUUGACCCCUAAAGCUGGUUCUGUGAAUGCUAGGGCAUCUAUGGUAUUAAAUCAAACUGCUGAGGAUGAAGUACUAAAAGCCCUUGCACAUAUAAUUGAUCCAGAUUUUGGAACUGAUAUCGUCUCAUGUGGGUUUGUGAAGGAUCUCCAUGUUGACGAGGUUCUUGGAAAGGUUCACUUUCGGCUAGAGCUUACGACUCCAGCAUGUCCAAUCAAGGACAUGUUUGAGCAAAGGGCUAAUGAGGUGGUUGCUGCAAUUCCCUGGGUGAAAAUGGUUAAUGUGAAAAUGUCAGCCCAACCAGUAGGACCUGCUUUAGCUGGACAGCUUCCACCAGGUCUGCAAAAAAUAUCCAAUAUAUUGGCCGUCUCAAGUUGCAAGGGAGGGGUAGGAAAAUCAACUGUAGCUGUGAACCUUGCAUAUACUUUGGCUGGUAUGGGUGCUCGAGUUGGAAUCUUUGAUGCUGAUGUGUACGGACCUAGUUUACCCACGAUGGUUUCCCCAGAAAUCCGGCUUCUGGAAAUGAACGCAGAGAAGAGAAGCAUUAUUCCAACAGAAUACUUGGGUGUCAAGUUAGUAUCUUUUGGGUUUGCCGGACAAGGGCGUGCAAUAAUGCGAGGUCCAAUGGCAUCUGGGGUCAUCAACCAACUCCUUACUACUGCAGAGUGGGGAGAACUGGACUAUCUUGUUAUUGACAUGCCUCCUGGAACUGGUGAUAUUCAACUCACCCUGUGUCAGGUUGUUCCAUUGGCAGCUGCAGUUAUUGUUACCACACCACAAAAAUUAGCGUUCAUAGAUGUUGCAAAGGGUGUUCGCAUGUUUUCUAAGCUAAAGGUGCCUUGUGUUGCUGUAGUUGAGAAUAUGUGCCACUUUGAUGCUGAUGGAACACGCUAUUACCCAUUUGGUAAAGGUUCAGGUGUUCAGGUUGUGCAGCAGUUUGGGAUCCCACAUCUGUUUGAACUUCCAAUCAGACCAACUCUAUCUGCUUCUGGAGACAGUGGAAUGCCUGAAGUUGUUUCUGAUCCUCAAGGAGAAGUUGCCAGAACAUUUCAAGAGUUGGGGGUUUGUGUGGUGCAACAGUGUGCCAAAAUCCGUCAACAAGUCUCAACUGCAGUAAGCUAUGAUAGAUCUAUUAAGGCAAUAAAAGUGAGAGUGUCCAAUUCAGACAAAGAGUUCUAUCUGCACCCUGCAACUGUAAGAAGAAAUGAUAGGUCUGCUCAAAUUGUGGAUGAGUGGACCGGCGAGCAGAAAUUGCAGAAUUCUGAUGUAGCAGAGGACAUUGAGCCUGAAGAAAUCAGACCCAUGGGUAACUAUGCUGUCACAAUAACCUGGUCUGAUGGAUUUAGCCAGAUUGCUCCUUAUGACCAGCUGCAAACAAUGGAGCGCUUAGUUAAUGUUCCUCAUACAAUGAGUCCUACACAGGCAUGAUUGGAAGAACAAUGAGGCAAUGAGCAAGACCCCUAUAAAAUUGAGAGAUUAUUGUACACAGCCAACUAAAAGGAUAUUUGCUUAUAUUGCUGAAGCUAGAGUGAUCGACCUCUCAACGCCGCCUUCUCUUUCUAUCAAUUUGAAAGGUAAGGCUGUUACCAUGUGACGUGUACUUAGCAUUUGUCAUUAUAGCUCAAAUUAACGUCUCCCUAGUGUAUAACAUCCAUCCUUAUGUAAGUUAGUUUGUACGUCUUCAUCCUAAUUACUUGGUAGAAUUGUUCAAGAACUGGUUAAGCCUAAAAGCUAUGCUUUGUGGUUGCAUUGAUAAGUCUGUUGUUUACAUUAAGCCAUGCUCACGGUAGGACUACGGUACUCUUGUACCGUUAAAUAUAUAUUGAGUUUAUUG